AUGGCCAAGAAUACUCACGAGGAGCCCAUCUGCGUUGUCGCUGUCGUCCAGCCGGCGGUACGCCUGGAGCCCGACAAACACACCCGCCUACCACCGCUGCGGAGGCGACUAGUAAGGCGGUGGAUUGCAGACGGUUACACGAGGGACAGCAGUCAAGAGUCUGCAGAACAUAAUGGGGAGGUGCUCUUCUCCGAUCUUCAUGAAAGGAGCAUAAUCCAUCAGCCACCACAAAAAAUAGCCACUGCCACACUGGAUGGCCCAAGAAUGGCCAUCUGCCAAGUCAAUGGUUUCAUACAUGAGUACAUCGUCGCACGGCGAAUGGACGAGAACCUGUUUGAACUGGAAGGAAAUAGUGCCCUGACCACUCAGCGCACAGGGCGUCACCUUGUCAUAUUUGGAAAUUGGAACAGAGAUAGAAUUGUGUUCAAGAGCAUUGACUUCUCACGGCUACGGUCACUGACAGUAUUUGGGAAAUGGGAACCAUUCUUUAUCUCAAAAGGUAUGAAGAUUCUCCGCGUGCUUGAUCUAGAGGAUGCACGGGGUAUGAAGGAUGCUGAUCUCGAGAAGAUGGUGAACCUAUUGCCUCGCCUCAAAUUUCUCUCGCUACGAGGAUGCCGUGAGAUCUGCCAUCUACCCAGUUCACUGGGUGAUCUGAGGCAGCUCCAGACUCUGGACGUCAGGGGCACCUCUAUAGUCACCCUUCCGGAAAACAUUACCUUGUUACAGAAGCUGCAGUAUAUUCGUGCUGGAAGUGGCACCAAGGAAAAAACAUCCAGCAUGUUGAACUUUACAGCAUCAGCUCCACCAGUUUCAUCCUGUUGGUUACCCGAGUUGUGCAAGCGUCGUCAAUUAGUUGGUGUUGUGGUACCUGGAGGGAUCGGGAAGCUGACCGCAUUGCAUACACUCGGUGUUGUCAAUGUCGCUGCUUCAGGGGGGGAAGCUAUACUCGAAGAGCUAAAGAAGCUGACCCAGUUGCGGAAGCUGGGUGUAUCUGGCAUCAACAAGAAGAACAGCAAUGAGUUCUUCUCUGCAAUCAAGGAGCAUGUCCAUCUGGAAUCAUUAUCCGUGCAGCUCAACAAGGACAGUCAAGUUUGCUUGGAUGGCAUCCCCCUGCCGUUGGAGAACCUGCAAAGCCUUAAAUUGUAUGGACUUGUUAAUGUCCAGUUGCAAGGUAGGAGAGACGGGCUAAGAAAGCUGCAUUUAGAGAUGGCUACAAUAAUGGAAGAUGACAUAGAGUUCCUUGGCAAGCUACCACUGCUAUGUGUUCUUCGUGUGAAGCAGAUUCAAGAUGGCGAGCUCCAUUUUCAUGUCGUUGUGGAUGGACAAGAGGAAGACUCAUUCGGGAGCGUCAACGUCCUCCAGAUUGCUUGCGGUUGCAGCUCCAGCAGCUUACAUGUUACUUUUGGAUCUAAAACAAUGAAGGAGCUUGAGCUGCUCAAGGUUGACUGCCACGGUGGGUCGCCACCAUAUCUGUUCUCUGGCAUAGAGAAUCUAGUACAACUAAAGCAAAUCUUGCUAGUUAAAUGUUCCAACACUGAAGCACUGAAGGGGCAACUUGAGAGCCAGCUUGCCGAGCAUCCCAACAAGCCUGUUGUGAAGCUGGAGGAACCACCACGAUCGUCCUGA